AUGACACUUCUUCUUCCUCAACCAAACCAUAUCUACAAGCCACCACUAGUACCAUACCGACGCCUCCGAAAACCGUACACAUUACCAGUGAUCUCCGCAAUAUCUGGCAAGGAGUUGGUAACUUCCGGCAAGGUCCGGGCGGUGGAGCCGAAAGAAGCGAAGACGGUGGUGGCGUCGGAGGGAUACGUGGUAUUAGACGUGAGGCCGGCUUGGGAAAGAGAAAAGGCACGUGUGAAAGGGUCUUUACACGUGCCACUGUUCGUGGAGGACACAGAUAAUGGGCCGAUAACGCUGCUGAAGAAAUGGAUCCAUUUGGGCUACAUUGGGCUUUGGACGGGCCAGAGAUUCACCAUGUUUAAUGACGAAUUCACCCUCCGUGUUGUACAGGCUUUCCCGGACAAGAACAUUAAAGUGCUCGUCGUGUGCGGUGAAGGACUCAGGUAA